GGUCACGGGCGGCUCGGGCGCUGCAAUCUGUUGCGCCGCCCUCGGGAGCCGGCAGAUCCGGGUCUCGUGGCUAAGAGUGACGUGGUCUGUGGAGUCCAAACAGAGGGGAGGAGGCCGGCGGCGGCCAGCAGCAGCGGCAGCGACAGCGGCGUCCGGAACGCUCCCGGCUGCCACCCUCCCCGCCCGCCGUUUGUUUGGGCGGGUUUAAAUAGUUGAGUAAGAUCAAGCUGGGUGACCAUGGCUGAAGGUGGAUUUGAUCCCUGUGAAUGUGUUUGCUCUCAUGAACAUGCGAUGAGAAGACUAAUCAACCUGCUUCGGCAGUCCCAGUCCUACUGCACAGACACAGAGUGCCUCCGGGAGUUGCCAGGACCCUCCAGUGACAACAGUGUCAGCAUCACUGUGAUCCUGAUGGCCUGGAUGGUGAUUGCAGUGCUCCUGUUCUUACUGAGGCCUCCUCAUUUGAGAGGCUCCAGCCUCCCCGGAAAGCCCUCCAGUCCUCACAGUGGACAGGACCCGCCCGCUCCGCCUGUGGACUAACGUUGUCAAUGCUGUGCACGACCAAAUGACUGAAGAUGACCAGAGUACUCUUAGCUGUUUUUCCUUUUCCAUCUGCGAUUGGGAUGGUAUUGUUUUCAUGAGCUUAUAGAAAUUUCACAUGCAAACUGACUUUUGCUUCUUGUGUUGCUCAGUUCUUAUUUACGGUGUACCUGAGUAGGUGGAUCUGUCGGAACGUUCACAGGGCUUUGUUGGUUGGCCCAAGCUUAAACACUCCACUCGCUGUCCCGUGAUCAUACUGUCUUUGGUGGUUUCUUGCCCAACUGAAGGAAAAUUGAGAUUUCUGCAUUUGAGUAUUUUAAGUGGUUUUAAUAGAUUUUAAUUUUUCCAUAAGGUAUUUAUUUGGGGUUAUCUGGUGUGAGUGAUGGAACCACACUGUAUUUCCUUUACCUUGGCAGUUUUCUGCAGUUCUUGGGACAGUGAAGCUUUUAGUCUAUUUUCCUUAGAGCCUGCAGCCGCGAUCCGGGUGGCUACAGAUGGCUCAUGUGGCUAGAAUAGGAAAAGUGAACUGGUUGAUUAAUGAUUUUUUUUUAAAUUCACAUUAAAAAUUUCUGAUGUUAAAAAUACUUUAAAUAAACAUGAUUGAUUAAUACAGUGGUUGGUUUAGAAUCCGUUGCGUGUCGUUGGAAGCCACUGUACACUAGCCUUACAGGGCUCAUGAAAGGAGGAGUCGGUUCUGCCUUUGCCAGAUACACUCUACCCCGGGCUAACACAGGCUCUAUUUGUCUGUCUCUUGAAGCGAAUGCCUCUCAGCAAGCCUCUCUCCCAUUCCAACACUUACCUGUUAGAAUGAAAUCGUCCUACAUCUAUGUGUGGGGUUGACAUUUAUUUUCACACCUUUUUAUUUGAAAAAAAAAAUUUUAGUCUUUUAUUGCCCUUCUGACAUGAAGAAAAAUUGGUUUAUUCCCAGGAAAAGGGGGAAUUUCCAAACAAGAAUACGUCUCACCUCUCGGCUCGAUUGAUUCUGGUUAGUAGCGGGAAGUGGAUGUACUGGGGUGGAGAGGAGAAUCGGGAACUGAACUUUGAGGGUGUAGUUAAAAGUCAGAGGUUGCAUCAUUCUCCUCAGCUCAGAAAGCAGUGAAUACAGAUGGCAUCUGGACACGUGGACGGCCUGGAGUUUUUGUGUAGGAAGUAGCUGCAGAUGAUCUGUUGGGGCCCGAACAUACUUUGCUAUCAAUGUAAAGAUUUCCUCCCCGAGGUCAGUCUGGACUAUCACUGUAUAGAUCUGAGAAACUGUUUGUGUAAACUGAAUAAACUUGUCUGUCAUUGUGCCACUGACAGACCUCUGGCCCGGCUCCAUGUCACUGCUCAUUCCCCCGUGUGCUGGGUUCGCUCUGGCCCAGAAGCAUGGCUCAGGGCAUCACUGUGGCCUGUGCUGUGGUCCUGGCUGCUGACAUUCCUCCUGACUCAACGCUUGAGAUAAUAGAACCAUCUUUUAGGUACUUGUGCUUAUAAAGGGUGACUUAACCCAGGUAAGUUAAACCCUGAACAAAAGAAGACCACAGGUUAAAAGAAGGGUUUCUCUCUUGCCGUGGCCAACUGUCGCCACAGUCUUGAGGCCAAACUGGACUAUGUAGUAAAUUUCAGGUCAGGUUGGGCUGCGUAGGAACACGUUGCCUCAGAAGGGAAAAGUCCCCCCUUUAAGCGAGGGACUUAAAGCUGAACAAGAUUGGAAUGGCAUCAAAGGGAACUAAAUCCCUGUAGAAUUUCCUUUUCUGUCCUCACCCUUUGGAGACCUGCACAUGUGUUCCAACAGUCCGUUUUCUAACCCGCUGAAGCGAGACCCAGUGGAGAGCUGACGUGUUUACUCAGUCUGCCUCACGAGUAGUUGAGACUUGACCUUGGUUAAAAAAGAACGGACAAAACGUAGAUAGAGAACAUAAGUGUUAGAAGGGCAGAUUCUUAUUCUAGAUGCUCAUUUCCGUCACAUGCACACUCUGUGUAAACAGCCAAGCCUUUCCCUACAUGAGCCCUCCCUUGAGUUGGUGACACAACCGUGGUUUUUAGCCCUUUUGCUUUCCAACACAGAAAAGGCUUAGUUACAUGUUCACCGGAUAUAUGAGCACAAUUGUAUAGAAAAAUCCAAUCCAGCCGGGCGAUGGUGGCGCACGCCUUUAAUCCCAGCACUCGGGAGGCAGAGGCAGGCGGAUCUCUGUGAGUUUGAGACCAGCCUGGUCUACAGAGCUAGUUCCAGGACAGGCUCCAAAGCCACAGAGAAACCCUGUCUCGAAAAAAAACAAACAAAACAAAAAAAAUCCAAUCCAGACAUUUCAAUGCCUGUGAACAGUUGAGUUUCUUUGAGAAGUACUUGAUCUUGGGUUUUUAUUUUUUAUUCUUUGUUAUUUUGUUUGCUGUGGAAAUUUUUCUGUAUUCCUAAAAUGGUGGUAUCCUGUAUGGAAUAUUGUUAUUAUUAACCUCACUAAUAGUUUAAAUUGCUAUCUUCUUGAGGCGUCUACAUGUCUUAAUUGAGCACACUCCUAAUACCAUUAUUUAUUUGGCUUGCAAACCUUCGCUUGCUCUGUAGCUGCAGUUCUCUUAAAACAGAGAAAGUAAAGGAGAAAUCUUAAAUUCCCGUCAGUCUGGGCCGUGUGCUGUCCAGAGCUUGAGUCAUUUCAUACUGUGUUAUACAAAAUCUAGUAGUUUUGGUUUCUCUCUUCCACGUGGGACAGGUUAACACUAGGACUGUUUGCAGCGAAAGAUUCUACCAUGUAUCUAAACACUAUCCCAUGCUUAGGAAGGCAUGUUUCACGGUGCACAGUGGUUCUCCAGAGUAUCCAUGAGUAUCGCUGUCCUGUGGUUCCAUUUAGUGUCGUGAUAGUGUUUAUAAACUCACUGAUAUCUUAGAUUGUGCAAGCCUGUCACUCUAACUGAAAGUUUGUUGCUUUCGGUGAUUUUAUGCUCAAAUUUGACCAACUCAGUUUAAAUCACAGAACAGCAACUUGAAGAAGGAAACAUGAGGAGGCUUAAUAGCAAAUGAUUAAAUUUUUUUGUUGCAGUAGAAACUAGGGACAGUCUUCUGUUUCUCAGUGAAGAAUCCUGAGUAUUCGUUACAUGUCCAAUGAUUAUUUGUUAAAAGCAAAAGUGGUCAUGUGAUGUACUAAAUGUAAUUUUCUGUUUCUAAAUGCUUAAAUUAUGCCAAACAAAUCAGUUCGUGCCAUCUAGCAUUUGCUGUUGAUCUUUUACUGAGUACUUGGAUUGGGGUAAAGGGCUGUACUAUGCACUUUUUAUUAAUGAAUAAAUAGACAAUAUUA